AUGAACAACCAAGAGUAUGAAAGGGCCAGCACGGAGCAAGUGGACGAGUUCCUGAAGUUCAUUGGGUUAAAUAAAGACCCGGGUCGAGUGGCCAUCAACAUGGGAGCCUCCGUAAUCGGAAUUCGAUUCGACACUGGGGUCGUGGUUGCUGCCGACACCUGUGUCCACUAUGGGUCGAUGCCCCGGUUUCAGAGUGUGGAUCGAGUUUUCAAAAUCAAUGAGCAGAUUGUAAUGGGCGGAAGCGGUGACUUUGCCGACAUCCAAAUGUUCAAGCGUACGAUUGAUGCACAGGUCAUAACGGAUCGCAUCUACCAGGACACCGCGGAAAUGAAACCCAAAUCUCUGGCCGGCUGGUUGAGGCAAAUCACAUACGCUCGCCGCAGUUCCAAUGAUCUUACACCUGUGUCUGUGGUUGUGGGUGGCAUGGAACCAAAUGCAGGUCCCUACCUAUCCUACAUUGAUUUUCGGGGCGUCCAGGUCGAGGACUACGUAGCUACCACUGACGCAGCCCAGCAUAUGAUUCUGCCCAUGGUGCGUGACAAGAAGCCAAAGGACCGAGAAUUUACGGAGGAGGAGGCCAUAGCAUUGAUACGGCAGGGCAUGGAGUCGUUGCACUAUCGCGACUCUCGUGCUAUUCCCUAUUACACGGUGGGCUUCUGCGCUGCCAGCGGCUGCCACAUCGAGGGGCCCUACAAGGUGAAUGAAGACUGGACUCUCGUUCGCCACAGUAGACCGCAAUAG